GUUCUCAUAUCCUCGUAAUGCCUCCAAACCGCCAGUGAAUUGUUACAGCAAAAUUUACAGCACUUCAACGACCACCCCGAACUCAAGAAAAAUCAAUGCUAUGAUGGUUUAUUUAAUCCCCCUGUUCUCGCAGGCGCCAUCUCAAAAAUGACAAUAGUGUGGUGCCUGAAUUCCCGCAAGAUAUGAUUCCCCCAAAUUCGAUUCAACAACCAUCCAGGUAUCAACUGUGGCUGCCAGUGCCUGUCACUCAUUCCUCAAUGUCAGCCAUGGAUCUGCCCCCACCCAGCUAUGCACCUCCAUAUUAUUCAAUGCACCAUUCUGUACCUUGGUCUCCACCUGUUCUUCACCCUCCCUUCGCACCAGUUGGUAGACCUCUCACUAGUAUGUCUCAGGAUUUUCGAGUUGGUGGAGUGCAGAUGUAUGACAUUGGGGGCUCUAGUGAUGCAGGCCGUCAGCUGUAUGAGUCAGGACUCUAUCAACAGUACCAUUAUAAUCACAAUUAUUAGUAUAUAGACCAUGAUCCUCAAUUAUAUUCAUUUUCAAAGCGAUGUGCAACGACGAGCUUCAGAGUCCUUGGAGAGUGAAAGUUGACGGUGCCGCUGCUGUGCUGAUGUGUGACACGACGUGACCAUGUUUUGCAGAAUACCAGUC